GACCGCGGCGCGCGCGCCGACGUGCUCGCCGGCGGGGAUCGCUGCGAGCGCGCGCUGCACGACCUCCUCGGUCUCGACGCUAUGGUUGCGCGCGUGCACUGCGAUUUUGUCGACAUCCUUAGACGUUACGACUGCGACCAGCCCUACUCCGUGCACACGUGUCACGAGUGCCAGGAAACCUAUCGUCGUUGGGCGUGCAGUACAAUGGUGCCACUUUGGGUGGAAGAAGGAGCAGAGGAAGGCAGCGAGGAGGGAGGGCGAGCGCGGCGCGCGCCUGCCGAGCACGCGGCGCGCUGGCACGCGCGGCACCUGGAGCGCGUGGGGCACCUGGACAGGCGGCGCGGCGGCGCGGGCGGCGUCGUGGGCCGCUGGGUGCGCGCCGCCGCCGCCGGCCCCGGCCGGCCCAUCGUCCGCCUCAAGCCUUGCCUCUCCGUCUGCCAGCUCGUCGAGCAACACUGCCCCUACUUCCUGCCGGCGGAUCGCGCACCAGCAUACCCCACACAGUACGCCGGCGAGCCAACGUUCCUAUGUCUCGACCCACGUAUCCCGGAAACGGGUGCUCAGGCGAACAAGUCCAACUACGGGUGGGACGAGUGCUGCUACUGGUAUUGCGAGGGGCGGCUGUGCUACCGCUGCGAGGCGCGGCUGAGCGAGGCGGCGCGGCCGGAGGCGGAGCGCUGCGGGCCCGUGGAGGAGCGCGUCAUGACGUGCUCGGUGCCGUACGCGGCGGCGGGCGCUGCGCCGCGCCCGCCGCCGCCCCCGGCGCUGCUCGCGCUGCUGCUGCUCGGGCUCGCCGCGCACGCACGGACUCACUGGACCGCGGCCACGCGUUUAGUGAAAGUGCGCGAUUCGAGGUUAUAGUUUUACGUUAACGUGCGUCGCAUCCGCGCGUCCCGCGAUCGCCGGCCAGCGAUCGGAACCUCUGUUAGUGCCGAACUUAUAAUAAUGAAUAGCGUGCGGUUACGAGUUCGACGGGGGACGCGAGUCGCGGCGGCGGAGCGAGCGCCGCCGCCCGCCGCCGCGACCGCCCCAUACACUGUAAGUUAAUAUUUGUGUCCGCUCGUUGGUUACACCCGAAACAUGGAAACACCAAAAUGUACACAAAAUAAUUACUUUAUGCAUUUACCUCGUAAGCGCUGUUUGCCGAUGUUCCGGCCAAUAUGUUAAUAUUUUUGGCACGAUUUGUAAACAAAGAUACAUGUUUUGCGUUAAGCGAAGAUGUUGCGUAUAUUUUACAUAGUGUUUUACAGUUACAUUGUUCAUAAGGCACACGAUUUGAGUUCUAUAUUUGCUGAUCUGGUUUGUGUACCUUCAUGAAUAAAAGCAAUAUUUUACACAAAGUUGUUAAGAAUCUAAAUUCCAUAAAGCUCGUUGAUGAAUUUUCAAUCAUUGUACAUACAUUCGUACUGACGUGCGAAGCGUACUUUGUGUUAGGAAUCGUGUGAUGAUACUUUUAUACUACAUUAUUAUGUAGACCGGACAAUUGAUGCAAUAACAUAUUUAUAUACGCGCCACAAUCACAGGCUUUGUCAGGUUUGGAUUCUCACCAUCCUUUUCGCCGUGGGAUGAAGAGUAGGCGUCACGUCUGGGCCCGCUGUCGCACUAUGUCGCACAAAGUAAACGCGUAAAACACGGAAACAUGCUUUAGACGUGAGGUCGUCGCUCUUCUGAACAUGUGACAAUAGGUAGGCAUACUCGUACUGAUGAAUCGUUUCUUAGAGAGUUAUUUUUGUAAUGUUGCACCAGCGCAGCGGGCGCGGCGGUGCCAGCCAGCGGCCGGGGCGCGUCAACAAUUCAUAAACACGAUUAGCUGCUGUCCCGCAAGCUAAAAGAGCAAGAAUUAGAAGCAAGACCCUUAGUUGACACUGGAUCAGUAUCACAUAUAUAUACGAACGUUACGAAAACAUUUAUUAACUAGGUGUAUGGAUCGCAUAGAUAAUUUUAUUGACAGUUGAUCAUGCUUCUGGCUCGUGCCCUGCACUGAAGUGCCUCAGUGGCCGCCCCGAGCCGCGCGCUCGGCGCCUCUCUGCCGCCGCGGCGCUCGCUGCGCGCUCGGCAACGCCUAAUUAAUAGUGAUUACAUGAUUAUGUAUAAAUGAAAUAAUAUAGGGUUAAUAAAGUAGUUGUUGUUUUGUAAGAAGUAAAGUAUGAAUAAUGCAUAUAAUGAGAGUUAUAUGUAAUAUAUUCCGUCUUAUGACCUAACAAAUGGUCAUACAGAAUUAAAUAUGGUUAAAAAUGAUUUUUAUAUGAAUUGAUUUUUAAUAUAUAUUAUUGUAUAUGUAUAUCGUGUGGAGUAUUGAUAAUGGUAAACAACCUUCAGCGGUAUUGUUGUUUCAACCUGAAUGGUAACGGUAUUUGUUGGUUUUGUUUGAUUUUUGAAGAAUAUUAGAAGUAUCGUUAAACAUUAUGUGAUGAAUAACAUAAUGGAAUGGUUAUUAAGACUUUAUUGAAUGGACAUUUGUUGAGAAUAUUGCCCUCGGAAGGCAUGUAGUUGUUGUAUUCAAAUAAAUGAUAAUAAAUAUUAAGUAAGUUAUUUUUUACGUUUUUAUCGUGUGUACAUAUGUCAAAAACGGUUUGUUGUUUCCACUCCCAUACUUAAUCGUCGUCACCGAAGGUGCUAAAGGUCUAUUAACGCUUCUUAAGACUUGGUUUGUGUCAACUUCCAGUAUAACCUGAUCUGUUUGUCUGUCUGUGUGAUGUACGCGGGCAGCUCUCACGCGAACGGUACUCUCCGUGGCCACGCUACUACUGUUGCCUCCUCUAUCAUAUCACUCGUGUUUCCUACGUCAGCAAGCCUUACUACUGUUCUCUGAUCUGUACCCCUUCAGUAAAUAUUCCCUGCGUAGGCUAGAUAUCUAUGUAAUGUACCUAUGGACAGUGAGCAGAGCCGUGACGAUAGAUCAGAGUGUCGUUAUUGUUUCAGUCGGUGUAGUUUGCUCGUGCUUCCCAGUGCCUACACUUUGUCCACGCAUAACCUCUUAUACAUCCGAUGACAAUUAAUUCGCAAGACAUUAAGUCACUUUCGUACUGUCGCAAAUCGCUGAACAACUGAAUGCAUAACUUUUUAUUUCGCGAUAAACAUAAAUUUUCAAGUCUGUCAUCGUAUUCACGCAGUGACCGGAAUAGUUAGUGUAGAUCCAUUGCACGUCGUCAUAACUUUGGUUACCGCAGUUGAAAGUAAAAUGUUGAAAAUCAUAGUGAUAGUCUCUUCAAGAGAGUUUAUAGUCGAUAUAGAGUAUAGAGUUCGAGAGAUGUAAACAAUAAAAAGUUUGUGGUCGAUCGUUUGCAAUUAAUUGACUACUGGUAAUGUUACAAUAAAAUUGAAACUCAUGUCGAAACUUAACGUUUUUUGACAAAAUUUCACUAAUAUACUAUAUAUUUAAUUUCAUAUUUAAUCUAAGGGUCUAAUUAGAAUAUCUUAAUAGGUCAAGUUUCUGGUAAAUUCAUUUCUGAGAAUCAGGUCUUAAUGCACAUAACUUUUAUAAAUAAACAGCAAGGUUUUGCGAGUUGAUCGUCGCCCUACUGCGUAGGUGCUCUUUCACGGUAUCUACGUGUAUCUAUAUAUAAAUAAUUAUCAAAAUGUCUAAAAUUUAGUAAUAGAAAAUGAAUUACUAGAACAUAAUUAAUUGGAUCAAUUUCGAGCACUCGUUAAAACUUACACAUUGACCGUGCAUGUCUUCUUGCGAGUGUCGCCACUCCACACUAUCGAUAUCUUCACUCGUUCACUUGUUAGAGUAGAUAGUAAAAGACCAAUGGAGAGGAGUUCGGUUCGGAUGUUAAGUACUCUUGCGUUCAUUUGUCAACUGUUCAAUAACGACGUUCACUCCACCCCUGCGAGGUACGUAGCUGAGCUUUUGUAAUUAUUGAGGCACACGUUUCGUAUGUACGUUAACGAAUCCAGUUAAACAAGUCACAAAAAAAUAAUCAGUCACAGCCUGAUCUCGGAAAAUGGUAGGGAUGCUAAGUCAGCAAUAAUUUCUAGAAAAUUACAGAAUGAUAACCGUGGUGUGAGACGAGCGGUCGUGGUCGGUGCGGAAAGCGGCGCACGCGCAUCAUCGAUCACGCACACACACACAUACAUGCAUACACACACUCGCGUACACUAACAAUACGUGCCCUUCUCCCUAGGUUUAGUGUAACGGGUGUAUUUUGAUGUUCCGUUAAACGUUUGGUGAUAGUGUAUACAUUAUGUUUUUAAAUAAUAUACGUAUGUUUUGAUGUACAUAAAUAAAGUGUAAAUGUUUAACGCACAAAUAAUAUGACAAAGAAAGCUGAUGUAAAGCAGUGUACGAAAACGUAUGUAUUUAGCUGUAAAAUGUAACUGGAAAGUAAUCGAUUAGGAAAUAUGAAAGUAGGAAGUUCCAUGCUCCGUCGCUACUGAGGUGUUGUUUGUUUGUCUGUCAUAUCGUGGUUCUCUCGCUACCGUUUAGUUGUACACGCACUAGCCCCUGAGCUCGCCCGCCGGGCCGCCGGUCCAGGCCGCGGCGAUCCCCCUCGAGUCCAUUUCAAUGUAAAUUAUUCGUAAUCAGGAAUUAACUAGUUGUACUGUUCUAUACUUUAAGUCCCACACCUUAGGUUGCGCGACAACUCAGUUGACUGUCACACACACGCACAAAACAAACAGAAAUAUAGGCUUUCGGGGUCGUCCAUCGAUGAUUAAGCGUUUUAAAUGUGUAUUUACGUACAUUAUUAUUCUCAAAAGUACAUAUAUAGUGUAAUAUGUAAGCAAAACACCAAAUCGUAGCCUUUACACACAAAACAAUUAUUGACAGUUAGUAAGUAAUAAACAAACAAUUUAUGGUUCGUUAUUAUAAAUCCAUUGCGCUGUAUACUUGGCCGUAUAAAACGAUGUUACGUCAGAGAGUAUAUUACAGACAAGAGUAUUCUUUUAUUAUUCGAUGAAAUGUUUCCGUAAUGGUGGAGUUUGUAUAUUUUGUACGACGUGUUACUAUUUCGUUUGAAAACUGCCAGUAGAUGUCACUAUGCUUAGGGGUAUAAAAUGUAAGGCGUGGCUCGGCUGUGGUAUUAAAAUGAAACUAAUAAAUACACCUCAGGCAAGACAGCUUCUUUCAUUAAUAACCGAACACAAAAGAGGAUUUUAUAAGUAUAUGGAAAAAGCACAAUACCGUAACGCAUGAAUGAUCUGCAAAGAUUAAUACCACAACCGAAUCUUAAGAAACAACGAAUAUGAUUCAUGUUUGAGAUUUUGUAAUGCAUAUUGUCGAUUUCAUUUACCAUGUAUUAGUGCAGUAAAAUAAUUCAACGAAUGCGGAUUUCGGAAUAUCUGUAUCGUAACGUAAGCACCAAACACUGUUACAAAUAUGAAUACGGGUAAUGUUGGGAUAGGGCAGUACGUUCGAUUGUCACAUUACUGCAUCCCUUGAGGCCUACCACUAUGUCUUAAAGUAAUAUUAAGUCGGGUGUGGAAGAGAGAUGGCGCUCUACUCUUUGUAUUGUGCUGUCACGCUUUUACAAUCGUAAUAUUUCUUUAAGACGUGGUGGCAGCCCCUUUGUUCUGUGACGCGGUAACCUUACGCUUACCAAGUAACACUAUAUGGCCUUCAAUUUAACUAGGAAGGAGUAAGUAAAUUAAGACACAUUUGGGAAUGUAUCAAGUCUUAUGAAGUUAUAGAGUUAUCAAUACAUAUUACAUAUAAAUAGAUUUAACGAUUUGUACGUUAUUUUAAACUGAAAGUUUCAUAAGUAAGCGAUUCAUAAUUCAACCCCGAAAGUUUCUCUUAGAGUACACGUUUAAAUUUAACUCGUUGUAUAAUAAUUAGUUUUUUCUUUAUUGUUUUGUAUGUAUAAUUUUUACUAUACAAAUAUGUAGAUAAAUCAAUGUCAUUUUGGAAUUUCUCAACCAAUAAAUUAUGAAUAAAACAAAUUGUAUAACCACAAUCUUUAAUGUACACGUGUAGACAAGUUAUAUUGGAGAAAUAAUUUUAAUUAACUGACAUUUAUUUCCAAAUACCAAUUCGGCUA